AUGGACUCCAUAUCGAAGACGAUAUCGGCGAUUUAUCCCAGGAAUAGCGACGCCGGCACGACUCUACUCGAUCUUCUGCAGGAUCCCUUCAAGAGCGAGGUUCAAUCCGCCUCCAUCUUGGCCUCCUUGGCCUCGUCUCUCGGCGUCACAGUUGCUGUCGUCCUUCUGUUCUCCUUCUUCCGUCCCUACCACACCGUUGUCUACGCACCGAAGCUUAAACAUGCCGAUGAGUCCAAGGCACCACCACCACUUGGCAAGGGGCCCUUUGCUUGGGUCAAGCCCUUGUGGGCGACCAACGAGAAGGAGCUGAUCCGACUUGCUGGAUUGGAUGCUGCUGUGUUCAUGCGCUUCAGCGAGAUGUGUCGUAACAUGUUCACAGUCAUGGCAAUCGCCGCUUGUGCCAUCCUGAUCCCCGUCAACUGGACACUCUCCAUCAUGACCACCAAUGUGAACUGGGCCAUCCGGCUCACGCCCCAGAAUGCGUGGAACAAUGCCCAGUGGGCAACCGUGGUGUGCGCCUGGAUCUACAACAUUACAGUGCUGGGAGGUCUGUGGUGGAAUUACAGAAAGCUCUUGCACUUACGUCGCGCGUAUUUCGAGAGUCCAGAAUACCAGUCUAGCCUGCAUGCGAGGACGCUGAUGAAAUUAUGCUCCGAUGAGGGUAUCGCCAGGAUGAUCGACGUUAUCGCGCCGAGCUCCUCGUUUUCUAGAACUGCGAUUGCUCGAGACGUGAAGGACCUUCCCGAUCUUGUUGCUGAGCAUGACAGGGUGGUUCGCAAGCUGGAGAAGGUCCUGGCCAGGUACCUCAGGGAUCCUCACAAUAUUCCCGCCGCGAGGCCAACCUGCCUGCCUUCCAAAAAGGACCGGGCCUACGCGACCUACCCCAAGGGCCAGAAGCUCGACGCUAUCGAAUAUUUGACGCAACGGAUCAAGACGCUCGAGUUCGAUAUCAAGGAAGCUAGGGGCAGCGUGGACAGAAGGAACACCAAACCGUUUGGAUUCGCUUCCUACGCGGACAUAAGCGAGACCCAUGCCAUAGCCUACAUGGGCAGGAAAAAGAAGCCCGAGGGCGCCACUAUGAAGCUGGCUCCGCGACCAAGCGACAUUAUCUGGGACAACAUGUCCCUCUCACCAGCAACCCGGUGGCGGAAGAGGCUUAUCAUCAACCUCUGGAUCGUGUUGCUGACGCUCGUGUGGAUCGCGCCCAACGCCAUGAUUGCGAUUUUCCUGGUCAGCUUCAGCAAUCUCGGGCUUCUCUGGAAGGGUUUCCAGACGUCUCUGGACGCACAGCCGAUCUUGUGGGCUAUCAUCCAGGGUAUUGCUUCGCCAGCGAUCACAUCCGCCAUUUAUAUCCUGCUUCCGAUCAUUUUCCGACGGCUGUCCAUCAGGAGUGGCGACAAGACCAAGUCUGGUCGGGAGCGGCAUGUCAUUGCAAAGCUCUACAGCUUCUUUAUCUUCAACAACCUGGUGGUUUUCUCCCUUUUCAGUGGACUAUGGACGUUUGUCGCGGCCGUCGUUCAAUCCACCAACUCGGGCAAAGAUGCGUGGAGCGCGAUCGUGGCACAGAACUUUGGAAGCUCCAUCAUGGUUGCCCUGUGCUCCGUGUCUCCGUACUGGAUCACCUAUCUGUUGCAGCGACAGCUCAGCACGGCCGUUGACCUGGCACAGGUCUGGCAGCUGCUUGUGGCCCUGUUCAAGCGGAAGCUGGGUUCUCCAACCCCCCGUGAGAUGAUUGAGCUCAGCGCCCCGCAACCCUUCGACUAUGCCAGCCACUACAACUACGCCCUCUUCUACAGCACCGUGGCCCUCUGUUAUGGAACUAUCCAACCCCUUGUGCUGCCAGCGGUGGCACUUUUCUUCAUCAUCGACUGCGUGCUGAAGAAAUACCUGCUGAUGUACGUUUUUAUUACCAAGAACGAAAGCGGGGGCAUGUCAUGGCGUGUCCUGGUCAACCGUAUGCUCUUUGCCCUCUUCUUUUCCAACCUGGUCGUGUUCCUGGUGGUCUUCGAGAGGGGUUGGGGAACCUACAUCCAGGUCUAUGCGAUCGCGCCGCUGCCAUUUAUCGUUAUCGGUUUCAAGGUCUUCUUCGCCAAGACCUUCGACGACAAGAUUCACUACUAUAGCACGCGCUUUGUUCCUCACGGUCCGCAGGCCGAGGUUGGUAUUGCACAUAAGGAGAAUCUGAGGAGCGAUCGCCUUGCUGCCAAGUUUGGACACCCAGUCCUGUAUAGGCCGCUCAUCACGCCCAUGGUGCAUGCCAAGGCGCAGAACAUCCUUGCCAGUGUAUACCGAGGUCGGCUUAGCGAUGGCCGGGAAGCCGGUUCGGGAGACGGUACAAGUGUGUCUGGAUACAGCGAUACGUACGCGCUCGAUCCUAUGAAUUCGGGCCGACCGGGCAAGGCUGCCGGGAGCGGCCUUUCUGGGUUUGAAAUUGUGCCUGAGGGACGGCUCGAUUUCGAAUACUACAAGAAUCGCCAAGAAUUCGCCGACGAGCUCGGCACGGGCAUGGACAUUUACAGACCAGGGACACCGUCAAGCAACUGGGCCGGAUCGGACACGGAGUCGAGGCCAUCCACACCUGUGGGCGGCAUGUUGCACAAUACACACAAGGGCGGGACUGCUUCCCCUCGUGCAUACGGCUCUCCUACGACAGAGUAUCCUUCACGCACGCGAUCGCCUUACGGCCUCGUGUCGGCGAGCGAGUCGACCUCGAACCUCGUGCGCUCGGCCGCGCCCAUGCCUGGGCCUUAUGGGGAUUCUCAUGGCAACUCGGAGCCAUCUGUCGCAGAUGGCCGGACGCCAGGAAGAAGAAAUAAUAGUGGCGUGUAGGGGGGGUCUGCGGAUCUGUACGACAAUGGCCCCUACACGAUGACAGUACUGGUCAGACCUCGGAUGGCAUACGACAAGAGACUACAGCACCAACCUGUCUGUAGCUCGCCUCUCAAUGAUUGAAUGUACUUAGAACAUGCAUCGCCUGGCAAGGCUCUGGCGUAAUGGAUCAUGAUAUGAAAGAAUAUCUUGAGAAUCGGGGGCCGUGGGCAUCCUGGCUGGGAUUAUGGAUGGAUAAACAAUCCGGCUCUGUGAGCCCAGAAAAGGGGGAAAUUUAAUAGACCAACGUGACCCAUG